AUGACUCCCACAUCCACCCCACCACUCCCUCGUCCGCCACCGCCGCCGCCCUCCCCCCCCUCCCGCACCGCCGCAAUCCACCUGUCCACGCCCACCGCCGACUCCGCGCGUGCCUCAGCAGCAAGCAUGGACGACAUGGACGUCGACAUGGACGCCGACCCCUUCAACAAGCAGAAAUACACCCGUCCGCCCAACGCCUCCCGCCUGUCGUCGCAGUAUUUGCCCACCACCACCAAUGCUGCCGAAGAGCAGCAGCAGCGGCAGGCGCGCUACUCGCCCAUGAACACGUCCUCCUCCACCACCUCGCCGACCAGCUACAUGAGCCCGCCCACCACCUCCAAUCCCUACGCUUCAUACACUCCUCAGCAGGCCGCGCGACAGUCGCCCAACCGCCAGAGCCAGUACACCUCGCCUACCCAACAGCGCUACUACGCCUCCCCGCCUUCCUCGUCGCGGGCGACCACCUCGCAAUUGCCGCCUCUGCAGCCCAGCAUGUCGCCCAAUGCCUACUACCCGCAGUCUGCGACACAACAGCUAAACGCCGUCUUCGGCAACGAGCCUGACCCGCAGAAACAACAGCCGCCCACCCAGCAGCAACCGACCCCCAUGUCUGGCACCGAGCAGCCCGUUCCGCAGUUCUCACGAGUACAGAGCGUGAACGAUUUGCAGCCCAGGAUCAACGCUCAACCGCCCUUUCGACGAGCACAUCCCGAAGGCGGCUUCAUCAGUCCGCUACAGGCGCUCACCACCCAUCUUCCGGCCACGUACCGAAUAUGUAACCCCACCUUCCAGUACGAAUCAUCACGAAAUCCGCGAAGAGUGUUGACGAAGCCGAGCAAGGGGGUCAAGAAUGAUGGAUAUGAUAAUGAGGAGAGCGACUACAUCUUAUACGUGAAUGACAUCCUCGGGUCUGAAGAGACGAAUCAUAAGAAUCGAUAUCUGAUCCUGGACGUGCUGGGUCAGGGCACUUUCGGGCAGGUGGUGAAAUGUCAGAACUUGAAGACGCAGGAGGUGGUGGCUGUGAAAGUGGUCAAGAAUAAGACGGCGUACUUCAACCAGAGCAUGAUGGAGGUGUCGGUGCUGGAUUUGCUCAAUGGGAGAAUGGACAAGAAUGACGAUCACCAUAUAUUACGGCUGAAGGACACGUUCAUCCACCGGCAGCAUCUAUGCUUGGUGUUUGAGCUGCUGUCGGUGAAUUUGUACGAGUUGAUCAAGCAGAAUCAGUUCCGAGGGCUGAGCACGACGUUGGUGCGGGUGUUUGCACAGCAGUUGCUGAAUGGGUUGUGUCUAUUGAGCAAGGCGAAACUGAUCCAUUGCGAUCUGAAGCCGGAGAAUAUCCUCCUGAAGAACCUGGAGAGUCCGAUCAUCAAGAUUAUCGAUUUUGGUUCGGCAUGUGAUGAGCGGCAGACAGUGUACACCUACAUCCAGUCACGAUUCUAUCGAUCACCGGAAGUACUAUUGGGCCUGCCAUAUUCUGCCGCAAUUGACAUGUGGUCGCUUGGCUGUAUUGUCGUGGAACUCUUCCUUGGUCUCCCCUUGUUCCCUGGAUCAUCAGAGUACAAUCAAGUGUCACGGAUUACAGAGAUGCUGGGUCUCCCACCUAACUGGAUGCUCGAGGUUGGCAAGCAGUCGGGCGAGUUCUUCGAGAAGGUGCACGAUGAGUUUGGACGUAGAACGUAUAGGCUCAAGUCGAUGGAUCAGUACUCGAGAGAACAUGGGACCAAGGAGCAACCGAGCAAGAAGUACUUCCAGCAGACACGAUUGCCGGACAUCAUCCGAGCGUAUCCCAUGCCGAGGAAAGGCAUGAAGCAGAACGAGAUUGAGCGAGAAAUGGCCAACCGUGAAGCCUUCAUUGAUUUCGUACAUGGCUUGCUCAACAUAAACCCUCUGGAGCGAUGGUCGCCUCAGCAAGCGCGAACGCACCCUUUCAUCACGCAGCAAAAAUUUACUGGUCCUUUCCAACCGCAAAUGAACCUCAAAACCCAAAGCCGAUCACCCGCUCCUGGUGUGCAGCAACAGCAGCAGGCUGAAGCAUUGUCAAGACAACGAGCGCAGCAAGCACAGGCCGCGCAGGUACAGCAAGCUGCCAAUGCGGCUUACGGUCAGAUGCACAUGAGCCCGGGUUAUCCUACCAGCCCGCACGUGGCUCAACAACAGCAGCAAGCGGCAAUGUAUGGAAACAUGUACAGCCCGAGCCAUCAAGGAGCGCCGCCCCCAUAUCCAUCAAACCCGCCUUCAGCAACGGCAUAUGGCCAGCAAGUUCCCAUGAUCCAACAACCUCCUGCCGCAGCGUCGAUGCACCCGUACGCCCAACAGCAGCAAUCCAACCUUUACGCACAGGCAACCACUCGAGCAGGACGACAACGAGCGAGCACAAUGGACAAUAACGGCAUCCCGCCCGCCUUACAGCGAGUCGUCAGCCACCUCGACCCCAACGCCCCGAUCCGCCUCCAGCCCAGUCCGGCAUAUUACCCGCCUCCUCCGGAAGGACAAUCAGCAUCAGACGUCGGUAGCAUCGGAGGGCGACGAAGAACCAGCCGCGCCGGAACGGGACGACAGGGUGGAGGUGGAAACGGUCAAGACCGAAAUUUCGUGAGGAUGUUGGAGGAUCGGACGCUGGAGGAGGGGUGGAAUAGUGGUGGGAGUAGUGGGAAUGGGAAUGGGUGGCAUGGUGGGAUGUAG